AUGAGUGGUGCAUCUGGAAGCCCCCUGUUGGACCUGCAGAAGCCUGAGGACCUCAUUGUGGACCAGACCAUAGAGAAGGUUUCAUUCUGCGCCCCCGAUCGUAAUUAUGACAAGGCCUUCUCCUACAUCUGCCGAGACGGUACCACCAGACGGUGGAUGUGCCACUGCUUCAUGGCUCUCAAAGACUCGGGGGAGAGACUGAGCCAUGCAGUUGGCUGUGCCUUUGCCGCCUGUCUGGAGAGGAAGCAGCGCAGGGAGAAGGAGUGCGGCGUGACGGCUUCCUUUGACGCCAGUCGCACCUCAUUCGUGCGUGAGGGCUCCUUCCGCUCCAACCCAACCUGCCAGCAGAGCAGCGAUAGAGAUGACAAGAUGCAGGACAAGAAGAAAGACCAACCCUCCGCCAUCCCAGCCCUCCCACCUGGCUCCGCCUCCCCACCCGAGGGUGAGGAGUACCCCAUGGAGCGGCCGGAGCCUGGCGGGCCUCGCGCCAUUCCUCGCCGCCACGCGCCCAUCGAGCAGCUGGUGCGUCAGGGCUCGUUCCGGGGAUUCCCGGCCCUCAGCCAGAAGAACUCUCCCUUCAAGAGGCAGCUGUCGCUCCGCCUCAACGACUUGCCAUCCACACUGCAACGCAAGACCGACUUCCAGGACAAGAACCCUGUACCAGAGAUGGAUAUUGAGUUGCAAAGUGAUGAAGAAUGUACUAUCAACGACCUGUGUAGCCAGAUCAACAACUCCUUCACCAAUCCAUCGGACGAGCUCUUCUGCAACCCCUCUAUGUCUGCAAAUGGCCCUCCGAGCUGCACUGUGCCCCCUGCCCUGCCUCCACCACCUGGACCAAUGCAGGGCAACUCUUCCUGGGUGCAGCCGGAGGCUCCACGACACUCUCCUCCUCCGGUUUCGGUGGCGAUGCAGAUGCAUAUGCAGAGUGGACACAGGCGCACGCCCUCCGAGGCUGAGAGAUGGCUGGAGGAGGUCUCCAAGGCUGUCAAGGCUCAACAGUCCCCAGGCCCCACCAUUCCCAUCAUCCCUGGACCACCCUCCAUGUCUAGCCAGGCAGUCAUAUCAGCUGCCCCAGUGUCCGCUGUCCCUAUGUCCCUUGGCACCCUGUCCAAACCUCUGCUCUCAGGCCCCUCUGGUCUUUUAGUUCAGGCACCGAUGCCCCUCCCAGCCAUGUCAAUAUCAUCAGUUCCUCUAAUACCAGGCCCGCCGGUGUCCGGCCCCCCUAUGUCUCUACCUUCCAUGUCCAUUCCCACGAUGUCCGGUCCGAGCAUGUCUGGGGCCUCCAUGAUCCAGCCUUCCCUCUCCGGGCUCCCAGGCUCACUUCCAUGCUCUAUGCAACCUUUCCCCUUGGCUUUUGAUACUCCUGUGGGAAUGUUUGCCAGCCAGUCUGUCCAACCGGCGUUUGUGCCCAUGCAGACCUACAUGCCAGGCCUGGCCAGCAGUAUGACAUAUCCCAAUGCCAGCGUGCCUGUGGUAGGCAUCACACCAUCGCAAAUGGUGGCUAACGUCUUCUGCACCGCUACAGGCUCAUCUGGUACAGGUGUACCCAUGUGCUCGGCCGUAGGAGGACCCAAAGUGGGGGCCCUUGGAACAGCCGGGCAGCACCAUUCUUACCAAGGAAUAACUAGUGCAGUCGGGCACCCUGGAGGGUUUUCCACACCACCAUUCUCUCCCACUCCGCCAUUAUCAUCAGCCAUUAAUGGCCUCCAAUCGCACAGCCCCGCCACAAUGGCCCUCCAGAAUGGGACGUCCAAUAGUGGCGGUAAUUGUGGGAGCAGCUGGCCGCCAGAGGGCAGUCAGCUCACAGCUCCGGCAGCCAGAGAUUCCCAAGACGAUGAUCGUUUCGAGGCCAAGUGGGCGGCACUGGAGGCCAAACCAGCGCCUCAGCAACCUGGGAAUAAGCCCCCGGCUGCAGCAGCCAACCCGUUUUCCAACAAUCUUCAAAAGACUUUUGAGAUUGAGCUUUAAGCCAGAGUCGGCCUCCCAAAGCUGUAGCUCUGGCCCUGGAGUUAAAGCCUGAGAAAAGGCAGGCCUAAAACGGGAUGCAGGUCCUUAAAGUUAGCCUAGCAUCUGACCUGCAGCAGCCUAGCAACUUGCUCAAAGCUUUCAUAGGAGUCAAUGUUAUAAUGAUCUUAAUUGCUUUCUUUGCACUCCCAUGAGAGCUUCGGAGGAAGUUGGCAGGUUGCUGGGCUGCCAUUGGAGGAUCAGAUCUCUAGCUCACAAGACUUGAUGGACUGAAUCCUCCCACUCCACCCGCUAACCACCUCCCUGCUUUCAUUUCUCCACUCUGACUUUACUUUACUUAUUGCAAGGACAGGACAUUAAUGGGGGGGGGCAGAGCUCAGUGGUUUCUUUCUUUAAAAGUGGGACUCCACUCAGAUGCAUUCCAAACCCAUGAGAUGUUUUCUUUUUUUCUGGUGGAGAAUUCAGCGGAUAUGGCUUCAUGAAAAGACCUGCGGAGAAGCGAUUCGUUGACCGACGAUCAGACUGAUGCUGAUCUUACCCAAGCACAGCAAAAGUUUGGAUACCUGAAAGGACUAGCCAAUGAUGUAAGACCCGACCGUACCAACCCAAAAGGACUUACUGACUAAUAGUAGAGAUUUAUGGCCAAAUUAUUUUAUUUAUUGUACUUUUUAUUUUUAACAAGUUAUAUAUACUUAAAAAUCGAAUUUUUAAAGCAGUGUUUCUGGAGCGCAUUGUUUUUCAUCCCCUAUAUUUAUUUUUGUCGAGCCGUAAAGAGGAGGGAAACUACAGCUAACAUGUAUGAUUGUUGAGGGAAACUGAAAUGUAACAGGAACCAAAUAGGCAGCAGUGCGAUGUGUGAGACAGUAAGUGUAUAUAGCGGCAUGUUUCUUCCACCUGUUCGCUCCACUGCUGGAGAGGCCAGUUGAGUCAAUAUGGCUUCACUUUGAAAGCCUAACCCUCAAUGGUUGCUGGGACAUGAAAAUCACUUCAGGAUAUCACGCACACAGACACUCUGGACAAUACAGCACAACAGACCUUUGGACUCCAUCUUCUCCACACAAACCCAAGGAACUUUAACAACUCAGUGGAAACACUAAACAACACUGUGCACUACAUUACAACAUUCAUAAUCCUUUUUAUGUGUUGAAACACAGGGUAUAGUCCCAUCACGUACGAUUGUGUAUCCACCUCUACUGCACUACUGUAUCAGCUGCAGGAGUAUCGCACUCAUUACAGAUUUUGGGAUCGAUUAUUAGAGAUAAGAAGAGAAGAGGAACAUGUUGAUCGUGGCAAAUGAAAGAACAGAGAGAAAUCAAAUGUAUAUUUUAGAAGAAGAAUAGAUUGCUAGAGGAACGAAGGAUAACCUGUAUGUGAGAGACUGGAGGUGGGAAUGGAGUCUUUUCUUUUUUUAUGAGAUCGAGGAAGUCUGAAGAAAAGAAAAUGGGAUAAGAUAUGAAAAAACGAGCUAAGAGUGAGACGCAGAGUGUGUGAAAAUAUUCAGAACAAAGACACAUUCAACACGUAGCCCACAACCUCGAGCACUGUCGGCUUUUUUUCUGUCUUUUUGCCUCAAGGCCAAACCGCAUCCAUCCCGGCAUCAUGUUCCUCCGCUCCUAAAACCUCACAAACAACACUGUUGAUCAUCUUUAAAAAAAAAAAAAGAUGUUGCUUAUUAUGUAAUUGCAGUCUCAUUAGAACCUUUAUAGUCCAAACCUCAAUGAUGUCAACAAAACUUUCUGUGUUUUAACUUGCAGUUUGCAGUUUGAGUCAUAAAAUAUUUAUAGAAGCGAGCAGGCGGUUUCUGUACGUUAUAUAAAAACAAUCUGUCCAGAGAUGUUUCUGUUAUGGUCCUUGGGAAUUGAAUUGUAUGGAUAUGGACUGCCACUUAUUAGGUUUCCUGCUCAUUAACUCCCUGCAGUUUAAUUAGCCUAUAAGGUCUCUUCCUGUGGCAGCGAUUCUGUCUUCUCAGAGAAUGUAAAUUAAUGUGCCACUGGCCUAAUUUAUACCAUUUUGUGUCUGCCCGGGGUUUUUGUCCUUUGUUUUCGGAUUAAUCAAUAUUUCUUCCCCACCAAAAACAAAUCCAAAUUGCUCUCUGUACCCUCCUCUACACAAGACCAGACUGGUUCACGCAUAAAAUCAAUGCUUUUAUUUAAUUGAAUAUAUAUUUUAGCCCUCGACUCUUGUUUGCACGCCCUCCAAAUUAUAAAUGUAGGUUAAUUGUGUUCCGCGUUAAAGCAAACUAAAUGACCUCAUAAACUUGAUUGUAAAACCAUAGUUUAGUGAUGGUAACAAAGCAAACCAGUGGAAUUUAUUUUUAAUCUUUAUUUACAGAAUUUUUGUAUUUAAACCUACAUAUUUGUAUUGUAAUUACAUUGUACAAAAGAUAAAUAAAGUAAUAUAAUAUUACUCCUGUU